CUAACAAAGAUGCUAAAAAGUUGCUAUGGUGAUAAAUGCCUACGGCUAUGUUUAUCUGAUAAUCAUCAAGCCGAGGGUCCAGGAUAGAGAUGCAGUAAAAGAGUCCCUACACUGCAAAGAAUUCAAGAAUGGAGACUCGAAAGUGCUCUGUGGAAGUGUUGGCUAACCCCAACAUGAGGGUACACACUGAGCUACCCCAUAUCCCCAUACGCCCCUCUACCCACACACAGCCAUCUCCUCUAUACAGCCUUGUUCUCAAGAAUCUUGAGAAUCCUCCUGUCAUGAAGCGCAUGUCCUGGACCAGAGCAGCUCCCUUCAAGGAGGAGAAGUAUCAUCGGACCCCGUCAGAGUCCAUAGCUAACAACUACACCCCAACUGCCAGCAAGCUCAAGAUCAGAAACCUCAGGAAGGCAAGAUCACCUUCUCCAAUGAAGGCUACCAAGUCUCCAGUUCACCUCACCCCUAGGUCGUCACUUUCCCCAUUCAGUCACCAAUACAACCCAGAGUCCCGACCGAUGAGCCCGGGAGAGCAGUUUGGGUUCAUGGCAAUGGAGGACGGGCAGGAGCCAACCACAGAGGACCUGGAGCGCUACCAGUACUAUAUUCUAGAGGGUGUGUCCCAGGCUGACCUACCUCCGAUGCCAGAGGGGACAAUGACACAAGUACACUCAAAGCUCCUCCAAAAAUUACUCGACAACCCUGAUUGGAAAACACUUCGACAGAACCUUCACAAGGAAAUCCUGGAUGACUAUAAACUCAGCCUAAAGAAGGCUAUCAUUGACUACAUUCUCAAAGACAGCAGUGAAAUGAAACGACUUAAGAUUGGGUCAGUCCCGCGGCCGCUCCCUCAGAGGGCUAUUCGCGCACCCGUACCAUGGAAGGAGAGUGUGAGGUGUGCCAAGGACGCUCAGAGUCAGCAACUGUUCAUCUCCAACACUGUCAUGACUGAGUUGCAGAGCCUCUGGUAUAACAAGUAUUCCAGUGUUCACUUUGUUGACCUGGAGGUGCUGUGCUCUGAGAGAGACGAGGUCAGAGAGUUGAAACCAUCUCAGUUUGAGGCCCUCGUCAAGAGCCAGUGUGCUCAUGCCAGGAGGACCCUACAGGAGGGAUGGGUGUCUGAGUGUGGAGAGAUCUUCCGGAGGUACAAGGUUGACUGGGCCCACCUCAUGCCUUCCUCCCCGGACCAACCUGCUGUACUGGCUGAGCAUUUCUUCAAUGCUGCCUCUAGUCUAAUGGCCAGACAGUUGAGGGAGACGGUGGAGAAAUCACUACAAGACUUCCUCCAGUUUCUGAGUCACUAUCAGAUUGGCAACGAUUAUCAGGAAGAGUUUAACAACCUUCUCUUCGUGUCUAAACCAGUGAUUCUACUCAAGCUUGAUAUUAAGUCAUCAGAGCUCAUCUUUCAGCCAUGCUUCCUUGAUAUUGAGGCCAUCCUGGGCCGUCUUGUAACAGCCAUAGUGGAGAGUGCCCAGGGACUGCCUCGAGUGGAGCAUGUGCUCUUCUCUGAGCUGCAAGGUUGUGAGUUGGUCCUCCCAGCUGUGAAGCUGUGUGAGGGGCUAGUGGAGGAGACCAGGGAGAGGGCACUGCACAUGCUCAGGAGAAACUUCUGCGGCCCACAAAAGUAUGUGAGUGCCACAUACACCAAGUAUGAGCAGCUCUUGGACGGCAGUGCUGCUGUAGAGGUCGACGACUUUCUCAAAUCAUCAGAUCAAGAGCUGCAACAGUUUGGAAAAAUGAUCAAGAAGUUUCGUGAUCAAUCUGAUGAGCUGUACCUGCUCAGACGUAAGGUCUACCUCAACCUCCUGGCUGUAGAUUGCUGUGAGGUGAACGAGAGGCUACAGAGGAUGGCCAGUGAUCUAGCUAGCCGUCUAGUCAACCAGCUGGUGGAGAAUAACAGAGAUUUCAAUAGGAAGUUGUGUGAGAGUUAUGACCAGAUUGCUACACGUGUCUAUGAGAAAGCAGCCACCACUGAAGAUAUGGUCUCUCUAAUGCAGUUCCUCACAGAGUCCCGGGAAGAGACAGUUUUCGUCCUGUUGGCAAAAGUACGUGAGGCUGGAGAGAGGCUGAAGUUUCUACUGGACUAUGCCAUCCUGCCAGUGGAGGACCUGGACCUGAACAGCAGGACCUUUCAAUGGCCUGCACGCAUGGACCCCAUCUUUGAGGUCAGUCAGCAACGACUAGUGUCUCGGAGGGAGGAGGCAGAGGAUCAAGUCAAAGCAAAGCGAAAGAAGUUUGAGAGCUUACUGACUGACUUCACUAACCAGGUGGAGGAGUUCACCAAGAAGGAGGUACCUCGUGCAGUGGAUGACAUACGACCAGUUGUAGAGACACUCGACAAACUGGCCAGCGAUCUGGAGGAUGCAAAGAACGAGGCAAUGGCAAUAAACAACGAAGAGGAGUUGCUCGAGUGGGAAAUGACAGCCUUCCCUCAGAUACAGUCCACCAAGGUCCUAAAAGAACCGUACGAUCGACUGUGGCAUACAGCGCUAGAUUUCCACGAGAAAAACGACAAGUGGAUGAACGGACCAUUUCUUGAACUAGAUGCAGAGAAAGUCGAUGAUGACGUUGGUAAUAUGUGGCGUACUAUGCACAAGCUCUCCAAGACCUUCAGUGAUCUGCCUCUGCCUAAACAAUCCACAAAUGCUUUCAAAGUGAAAUUGGACAAGUUUAAAGAGCACUUGCCUAUUCUGCAGACGUUUUGUAACCCGGGUAUCCGAGAUCGACAUUGGACACGAAUGAGUGAAGUGGCAGGCUUUGAUCUCAAGCCUCAGCCAGACACACCUCUUAGUGCCAUGCUCGAGUUUGGCCUCGAGAAGCAUCUAGAAGUCCUUGAGGAGAUUGGAGCGUCUGCCAGCAAAGAGUACUCCCUGGAGAAAGCCCUGGACAAGAUGCAGUCAGAAUGGACAGAUACAGAGUUCAUAUUCAUGGAGUACAGAGAUACUGGUGUGUCCAUUCUCACUGCGGUGGAUGAGAUCCAGGUCCUUUUGGACGACCACAUCAUUAAGACACAGACGAUGAGGGGAUCCCCCUUCAUUAAGCCAUUCGAAGAAGGGAUCAAACAGUGGGAGGAGAAGUUAGUAUUGAUUCAAGACAUCCUUGAUGCCUGGCUCAAGUGUCAGGCCACAUGGCUCUACCUAGAGCCCAUUUUCUCAUCAGAGGACAUUAUGGCACAGAUGCCGGAGGAGGGGAGGAAGUUUGGUAUUGUGGAUCGCUACUGGCGCGAGAUAAUGGGCGAGGCGGUUAAGGAUAGCCACGCACUGGUUGUCACUGCACAAGCUAACAUGCUGGAUAAGCUCAAGGAAUCCAACACUCUACUGGAGCAGAUCCAGAAAGGACUUAAUGAUUAUCUGGAGAAGAAGCGUCUUUAUUUCCCAAGGUUCUUCUUUCUAUCUAACGAUGAGCUGCUAGAGAUCCUCUCUGAGACCAAGGAUCCCACACGAGUGCAGCCUCACCUCAAGAAGUGCUUCGAGGGCAUUGCCAAGUUAGUGUUCACUGAGAACCAAGAGGUCAAGGGAAUGAUCAGCAGUGAGAAGGAGAGUGUGCCAUUCUCUAAGACCAUCGUCCCAGCUGAUGCUAAGGGUAUGGUGGAGAAAUGGCUGCUUCAAGUACAACAGACCAUGAUUCUCAGUCUAAAGGACGUCACGAAGAAGUCAGUGAUUGCCUAUGCAGAGGACCCUCGCAACAAGUGGGUGCUCAACUGGCCAGGGCAGGCAGUCAUUGCUGUCGGCACUAUCUACUGGACCAGGGAAGUCACUGAGGCCAUCGAGACUGGACAACUCAAGGCUUAUCUGGACAAGAGCAAUGGUCAGAUUGAUGAGAUUGUUGAGCUGGUCCGUGGGAAGCUAUCCAGCAUGGCUAGAAUCACUCUGGGAGCUCUCACUGUCAUAGACGUACACGCUCGUGAUGUGGUUGAAAAGCUACACAAGGACAAUGUACACAGCUCAGUGGACUUCCAAUGGAUCAGUCAACUUCGUUAUUACUUUGAGGAUGAGUUAGUCAUAGUGCGUAUGAUCACCACGGACGUUCCCUAUGGCUAUGAGUAUCUUGGAAACACUGGUCGUCUUGUCAUCACCCCUCUAACUGAUCGCUGCUAUCGGACACUAAUGGGAGCACUCAAGCUUCACUUGGGAGGGGCUCCCGAGGGUCCGGCUGGUACAGGCAAGACAGAGACAUGUAAGGACUUGGCUAAGGCCGUGGCCAAACAGUGUGUAGUGUUCAACUGCUCUGAUGGACUGGACUAUAAGGCCAUGGGCAAGUUCUUCAAGGGUCUAGCACAAGCUGGAGCAUGGGCUUGUUUUGAUGAGUUCAACAGGAUUGAGUUGGAGGUACUCUCAGUGAUAGCCCAGCAGAUUCAAGGUAUUCAAGUGGCAGUGAAUCUUGGAGUGAAGAAGUUCAUAUUUGAGGGCACAGAGAUCUCGCUGGACCCCUCCUGCACUGUGUUCAUCACCAUGAACCCUGGCUAUGCUGGCAGGCAGGAACUACCAGACAACCUCAAGGUCCUCUUCCGCACUGUGGCUAUGAUGGUGCCAGACUAUGGUCUGAUUGGUGAGAUCAUGCUCUACUCUAUGGGCUUUGUGGAUGCUCGUAGUCUCUCUGCCAAGAUUGUGGCCACUUAUCGUCUCUGCUCUGAACAGCUAUCAUCACAGCAUCACUAUGACUACGGUAUGAGGGCCGUGAAAUCCGUUCUCACUGCAGCAGGCAAUCUUAAACUCAAGUAUCAGCAAGAGAACGAAUCUGUUUUGCUAUUGAGAGCUAUAAACGAUGUCAAUCUACCCAAGUUUUUGGCCCACGAUGUUCCCCUCUUUGAAGGCAUCACGUCUGAUUUGUUUCCCGGUGUGAUCCUACCCAAGCCUGACUAUGAGAGCCUAGUGGAUGCUCUGUGUGACAAUAUUGCCAAGAUGGGCCUACAACCAGUGCCCUGGUUUAUCACCAAGAUCAUACAGAUCUACGAGAUGAUGCUGGUACGUCACGGGUUCAUGAUAGUGGGUGAACCAAUGGGAGGCAAGACGAGUGCCUACCAGGUACUGGCCGCUGCACUGGCUGACCUCAACAUGAGUGGACUUAUGGAAGAAUGGAAGACUGAUGUUCGUGUCAUCAACCCCAAGUCUAUGACCAUGGGGGAACUGUAUGGUUGCUUUGACCCAGUUUCUCAUGAAUGGUCUGAUGGAGUCCUGGCCAACACCUACAGAGACCAGGCCUCUGCCACUGAUGAAAACAGAAAGUGGCUUAUUUUUGACGGCCCAGUGGAUGCUAUUUGGAUUGAGAACAUGAACACUGUUCUGGAUGAUAACAAGAAACUGUGUCUUAUGAGUGGGGAGAUUAUUCAGAUGAGCCAGAAAAUGAAUCUGAUUUUCGAACCAGAGGAUCUAGAGGUGGCCUCUCCCGCAACUGUCAGUAGGUGUGGCAUGAUCUACAUGGAACCACAUCAGCUUGGUUGGCAGCCUCUAAUGAACUCCUACCUUACCUCCUCCUCACAAGAGGCAGUAGCUGAGGCCAAUAGGGACCAAUUCUCUAAGAUGUUCGAAGAGCAGCGAGAUCUCAUCAAAACACUCUUUGAUUGGCUGGUUCAACCUUGCCUGGACUUUAUCCGACACGAAUGCAAGCUGUUUAUAACCACCUCUCCUCUACACCUCGUACACUCGCUGAUAAACCUCUACACUUGUCUACUCGAUGAUUUUAUCACUGACAAUGCUGGAGCUCCAGUAGCACAAACACAGAGCACUGUAUGGCUGCCAUGUCUAUUCGUAUUCUCCCUGAUAUGGACUCUGGGUGGCACUAUGACUGGAGAUGCUCGCAAGAAGUUUGAUGUGUUCUAUAGAACGCUAGUGUCAGGAACGGAUCAGGACCAUCCCAGACCAAAGAUCAUCAAACUAUCAAAGAGCAACCUGUUUCCGGAGAGGGAGACUGUGUUUGACUACUACUUCCAAAAGAAGGGAGGGACGUGGUGUCUGUGGGAGGACCUACUCGAGAGGAACGCCAUCAUUCCUGCUGACGCUAAGGCGAAUGAGUUGAUCAUCCCCACCACGGACACAGUGAGACAGAGGUUCUUCCUGGAGUGCUAUGUCACACACAACAAGCCCCUCCUCUUUGUGGGCCCCACUGGCACUGGCAAGUCAGCCAUCACCAACAACUACCUCGUACGACUACCAAAGGACAGAUAUGUUCCUAAUUUGAUCAACUUCUCUGCUCGUACAACUGCUGCUCAGACUCAGGACAUAGUUAUGUCCAAGUUGGAUCGACGCAGGAAGGGUGUGUUUGGACCACCCAUGGGCAAGAAGAAUGUGUCUUUUGUGGACGAUCUCAAUAUGCCAGCCAAAGAGAAGUACGGAGCACAGCCUCCUAUAGAACUGCUGAGACACUUUCUGGACCAUGGCUUCUGGUUCGAUAAGAAAGAUACUUCUAGGGUUGAUCUUGUUGAUGUGUUGUUGGUGUGUGCGAUGGGUCCUCCUGGUGGUGGGCGUAACCACAUCACAGGAAGGUUCACCAGACAUCUCAACAUAGUCUCUAUAGAGUCCUUUGAUGACUCCACCAUGACCAAGAUAUUCACCUCCCUGGUUGACUGGCAUUUUGGCAAGGGCUUCGAUGCUAUCUUCACUAGACUGGGAAAGAUUCUUGUCCAAGCCACGAUGGGCGUGUACAAGUCAGCCGUAGCUCAUUUCUUGCCCACCCCCUCCAAGUCCCACUACAUAUUCAACCUGCGUGAUUUUGCCCGUGUUAUUCGAGGUGUCCUAUUAAUGCCAGCCUCUCAUAUGACAGAGGGUGACAAACUCAUGAGACUGUGGACACACGAAGUCUAUAGAGUAUUCUAUGACAGGCUCAUCGAUGACAAGGACAGGUCCCAAUUCUUUGAGAUUGUGAAGGAGAUGUUGCAACAGUUCUUCAAAGUCAAUAUUGAUAAACUACUCAGCGGAUUGGCCACCUCAGACAAGCUAGUGGACGAUGAUAUCAGGUCAGUGAAUGAUUUUAAAUAUGGUCUAGUUUAUAAAGAUUUUUAUAGGAGUCUGUUUUUUGGGGACUAUAUGGUGCCUGGAGCUGACCCCACCAUAUAUGAUGAGAUCACUGACUUUACCAAUCUCACAAGUUCAGUGGAAAGCUACCUUGAGGAUUAUAAUCAGAUGAGCAAGGCUCCUAUGAAACUGGUCAUGUUCAAGUUUGCCAUUGAGCAUGUCUCAAGAAUUGCUCGCGUACUGAAGCAGGACGAUGGCCACGCCCUCUUAAUAGGCGUAGGAGGUAGCGGGCGACAAAGUGCUUGUAAACUAGCAACCUUCAUGGCCGACUACGACCUGUUCCAAAUCGAAAUAGCCAAAAACUAUACGAUGAUUGAAUGGAGGGAUGACUUAAAGAGACUUCUCCUAAAGGCAGGGGCAGAGGGAAAACAAACCACAUUCUUGUUCUCUGAUAACCAAAUCAAAGACGAAGCUUUCGUUGAAGAUAUUAACAUGAUUCUGAACACUGGAGAUGUACCCAAUAUCUUCCCGGCUGACGAAAAAGCAGAAGUUAUUGAAAAAAUGCAAAUGGCAGCCCGUACAGAAGGACGUAAAAUCGACUCCACCCCACUGUCAAUGUAUAACUUUUUUAUCGAAAGAGUCAAGCAAAACCUCCACAUUGUACUGGCCAUGAGCCCCAUUGGAGAUGCCUUCAGGAACAGGCUACGUAUGUUCCCUUCUCUUAUAAACUGUUGUACUAUCGAUUGGUUUCAAGCGUGGCCUGACGAUGCUCUGGAAAUGGUGGCCAAUAAGUUCCUCGAAGAUUUAGAUAUGGAGUCUGAUAUUCGCACACAAUGUGUGUACAUGUGUCAAGUGUUUCAUCAAAGUGUUAGAGGACUUUCUGACAAAUAUUACGAUAUUCUUCGUCGCAAAAACUACACCACUCCUACGUCAUAUUUAGAGCUCAUUCUUACUUUUAAAACGCUUUUUGGCAAGAAACGAAAUGAAAUUCUGACAACGAAACAACGUUAUGUCACAGGUCUUGAGAAACUCGAUUUUGCAGCGUCUCAAGUAUCUGUAAUGCAGCAAGAAUUGGUUGAGCUACAACCACAGCUAGUACAGACUUCCAAGGAGACAGCUGAACUUAUGGUGAAGAUUGAGAAGGACACUGUCGAAGCAGAAGCUAAGAAAGAGCUAGUAGCUGCUGACGAGGCUGUGGCUGAUAAAGCGGCUGCGGCUGCAAAGGCAAUCAAAGAAGACUGUGAGAGUGACCUAGCCGAGGCCCUCCCUGCUCUGGAGGCUGCCUUGUCCGCACUCAACACUCUCACCAACAAGGACAUCACACUCGUCAAAGCUAUGAAGAACCCCCCACAGCUGGUGAGACUGGUGAUGGAGUCAGUGUGUGUGAUGAAGGCUGUCAAGCCAGAGAGGAAACCAGACCCAUCGGGGAGUGGCAAGAUGAUUGAGGAUUAUUGGGGACCGUCGCAAAAGAUGCUGAGUGAUUUUAAGUUCUUGGACAGCCUGAAAUCUUACGACAAGGACAACAUAGCACCUGCUAUUAUGAAGAAAAUCAGAGAAAAAUACUGUACUAUACCAGACUUCAACCCUGAUGUCAUCAAGUCAGCGUCUACUGCGUGUGAGGGCCUGUGCAAGUGGGUGCGGGCUAUGGAGGUGUACGAUAGAGUGGCCAAAGUGGUGGCCCCUAAGAAAGCUAAACUAGCCGAGGCCGAGGCUGAGCUGUCAGUACAGAUGGCCACACUGAAUGAGAAGAGGGCAGAGCUCAAGGAAGUCCUUGACAAGCUGCAAGGUCUCAACGAUGAAUUCACUGCCAUGACUAAGAAAAAGGCCAGCCUCGAGACCAACAUUGACCUCUGUCAGAAAAAACUAGACCGAGCUUCGAAACUAAUUGGAGGCCUGGGUGGGGAGAAGGAGCGCUGGAGCCUGGCAGCCAAGGAGCUUGGUGAGAGAGCUGUGAAUAUCACAGGGGAUGUGCUUAUUUCUUCGGGAGUUGUGGCCUAUCUUGGUGCUUUUACGGUGGACUUUAGACAAGAGGCUACUCAGAGAUGGCAUGAACAGUGCAGAGAGAGGAAGAUUCCUUGUUCUGAUGUGUUCUCUGUCAAUAACACGCUUGGUGAGCCGGUCAAGAUACGAGAGUGGAAUAUUGCCGGUCUGCCAGUUGAUUCCUUCUCAGUGGAUAAUGGGAUCAUUGUCUCCAACUCUAGGAGGUGGCCUCUCAUGAUCGACCCUCAAGGCCAGGCCAACAAGUGGAUCAAGAAUCUAGAGCGUCCCAAUAAGCUCUCUGUUAUCAAACUAUCUGAUGCUAACUACGCUCGUACUCUUGAGAACAGUAUUCAGUUUGGGACCCCAGUCCUACUGGAGAAUAUAGGGGAAGAGUUGGACCCUCUCCUCGAGCCAUUGCUACUCAAGCAGACCUUCAAACAGGGAGGAGUGGACUAUAUGAGAUUAGGGGAGAAUAUUAUAGAGUACAGUCAGGACUUCAGGUUCUAUAUCACCACCAGACUACGCAACCCUCACUACCUGCCCGAGGUGUCAGUCAAGGUUGUAUUGCUUAACUUCAUGAUCACACCGCUUGGUCUGGAGGACCAGUUACUAGGUAUAGUGGCAGCCAAGGAGAAACCAGAACUAGAGGAAAAGAAAAACCAGCUCAUUCUUGAGGGAGCGGCCAACAAAAAACAACUCAAGGAGAUUGAAGACAAGAUCCUAAAAGUCCUAUCAUCUUCAGAAGGGAACAUUCUUGAAGACGAAACUGCCAUUAAGAUUUUAUCAUCGUCUAAAGUUCUCUCAGAGGAGAUCCAAGCUAAACAGGAGAUUGCUGCUCGUACUGAAGUGGAAAUUGAUGAAACGCGAAACGGCUACAAACCAGUGGCCGUUCAUGCAUCUAUUCUGUUCUUCUGCAUCUCUGACCUGGCCAAUAUAGAGCCCAUGUAUCAGUACUCACUCAACUGGUUUAUUAACUUGUAUCUGCAGUCGAUUGCCAAUAGCAACAAGUCGACUGAUUUGCAGGAAAGGAUUGAUUCUCUGAACGAUCACUUCACUAAGAGCAUCUACAACAAUGUGUGUCGCUCACUCUUUGAGAAAGACAAACUACUCUUUUCAUUUGUGCUAUGUAUUGGAAUACAGAAAGGAAGAGGAGAGGUUGAUGAGGAGGUGUGGCGGUUCCUGUUAACAGGGGGUGUGGCUCUGGAGAACCCGAACCCUAACCCCUACCCUCAGUGGCUCGGUGACAAGUCGUGGGGAGAGAUAGUCAGGGCAUCACAACUACCCAAGCUCAAGGGGUGGUUCAAAGAUUUUGGUGCUGAAUGGAAGAAGAUGUACGACUCUCCCACUCCACAAGACGCACAGUUCCCUGAGACAUGGGAGAGCAAGGUCAAAGGUCUUGACAGAAUGGUAGUCCUUCGCUGUAUCAGACCAGACAAGAUCAUUCCAGCUGUUCAAGUGUACAUUGUCAACAACAUGGGACGACAGUACAUCGAGCCUCCCACCUUUGACCUUGCCGGGAGCUUUGCGGACUCUCACUGCUGUGCCCCUCUCAUCUUUGUGCUCUCCCCCGGGGCAGACCCCAUGGCAGGACUCCUCAAGUUCGCUGGGGAUAAAGGUUUUGGAGGGAAAAGGAUUCAAACCAUUUCACUGGGACAGGGGCAGGGACCCAUAGCCUCCAAGAUGAUAGACAAGGCAAUUGUGGAGGGCACCUGGGUGGUGCUUCAGAACUGUCAUCUGGCUACCUCUUGGAUGCCUAGACUGGAGAAGAUGUGUGAAGAGGUCAUCAUUCCUGAGUCUACACACACUGAGUUUAGGCUGUGGCUGACUAGCUACCCUUCAGAAGAUUUCCCUGUGUCUAUACUACAGAAUGGAGUGAAGAUGACCAACGAGCCUCCUAAAGGAUUGCGUGCCAACCUCCUCCGGUCCUACCUCAAUGACCCCAUCUCAGACCCAGAGUUCUUUGAGGGUUGCAACAAAGCUCAGCCAUGGCAGAAGCUACUGUUUGGGUUGUGCUUCUUUCACGCUCUGGUUCAGGAGAGGAGGAAAUUCGGACCAUUGGGCUGGAAUAUUCCGUAUGAGUUUAACGAGAGCGACCUCAGGAUCAGCAUGAAACAGCAACAGAUGUUCUUGAACGAGUAUGAAGAGAUACCGCUGGAUGCUCUCACAUACCUCACUGGCCAGUGUAACUACGGGGGCAGGGUGACUGAUGACUGGGACAGGAGGCUCCUCGUAUCAUUACUAUCAAUAUUCUAUUGCAAGGAGAUCUAUCUAACAGACCAACGCAAAUUUUCUCCGAGUGGUGACUACCUCUCCCCUGACCAUGGCGACUAUCAGAGCUAUCUGGACUACAUUCGAUCACUUCCCAUUAUCCCACAUCCCGAGGUGUUUGGCCUACAUGAGAACGCUGACAUUACCAAGGACAACCAGGAAACACAGCAGCUGUUUGACAGCAUCCUAGUGACCCUUCCCCGGCAAAGUGGCGGGGGAGGCAAAUCAUCCCAACAGGUCAUUGACGAACUUGCAGCUGAUAUAUUGUCAAAGCUGCCUACCGAUUUUAAUCUCGAGAAAAUCUGUGAGCAGUUUCCAGUGGUGUAUGAUGAGUCAAUGAACACAGUAUUGAGACAAGAGCUCAUUCGAUUCAAUCGACUCACGUCUGUGGUUCGAAGUACGUUACAGAACCUCCAGAAGGCGAUGAAGGGACUUGUGGUGAUGUCUUCAGAGCUGGAAGAUGUGUUCAGCAGUAUGAUAGUGGGGAGAGUGCCAGCUGUGUGGGCUGCCAAGUCCUACCCCUCUCUCAAGCCCAUGGGUAGUUACAUCACUGACCUACUGGCUAGGCUCAAGUUUUUCCAGGAUUGGAUUGACACUGGAGUUGCUCCGAAUGUAUUCUGGGUGUCAGGAUUCUACUUCACCCAGUCCUUCCUCACGGGGGUGCUACAGAACUACGCCAGGAAGUACACCAUCCCCAUCGACCAUCUUGGGUUCCAGUUUGAGGUGAUGAAAGAAGAGGGAACUUCUUCCUCAAAAGCUGAAGAUGGCGCUUAUGUUCAUGGGCUGUUUCUGGAGGGUGCUCGCUGGGACAGGCACAAGAUGUUGAUUGGAGAAUCACUACCAAAGAUCCUGUAUGACACACUCCCUAUUCUAUGGCUGAAGCCUGGAGAGAGGGGCAAGUUUAAAGAAGAGAGGACGUAUGAUUGUCCAGUGUACAAGACGAGCGCACGUCGAGGCAUGCUCUCCACCACUGGCCACUCUACCAACUAUGUCCUCCAGAUACAACUCAAGACCGACCAGCCUCAGAGCCACUGGGUCAACCGUGGGGUGGCCGCACUCUGUCAGCUUGACGAUUAAGUAUUAAUUUUUGUUUGUGUACUCUCUUAUUGUGUGUAGCUAUAGCAACCCGGUCACUUCACUGCUCAUUGUAUAUUAUUAUACAGUAAUUAAUUAUUAUUGUUAUUUUAUGGCCUGGAUAUUGUCUUCUGUUUAUAAAAAAUUGCUUGACUGA